AUGCUGGAAAGAUAUUUGGUAAAUCAUUUAAGGAACUCUUUGCCACAACCAAGUCUUGUCAAGCUUAAAUAUAUUAGCCAGAAAACACAAAGCCAAAGCUUAACAAAACAAGGUAAUAGAUUACCAACUUUUAUAAUCACUGGAUUAUCAAAUUCCGGGAAAACUGCAUUAUUUACAAAAUUAACUACUGGGAAAGUUUCUCCUACAGUUACAUCACAAGAACCUAAUGUUACAACCAAGUUCCCAUUACCAAGUACAGGACAAACAAAGACAAAUUUCAAAUUGAUUGAUUUCCCAGGUCAUAAUAAAUUGCACAAUUUAACAAUCAAUGAAAUUAAAACAUCUACAAACAUAUUUGGUUUGAUUUUUUUAAUUGAUUCAAGUAUAGAUCCUAAGAAAAUUUCAGAAAGUGCUAAAUUUCUAUAUGAGAUAUUAUCCACAACGGAAAGAAGACCAGGUGGUGUGGAUAUCCUGAUUGGAUGUAAUAAAUCCGAUUUGUUUAGUGCUAGACAAUCACAAAAAAUUAAAGAAUUGUUGGAAUUGGAGAUUGAUUCAUAUAGGAAAUUAAACGCUCAUAAUAUUUCAAAAGUUGAUAAUGAUGAAGUUGAUGAGGAAUUUAGUGAUUUGGGUCAAUCUAUCAACUCUAAUUUCAGAUUUGAUCUAUUGGAAGGUAAUUUUGAUGUUGUUAGUGGGAGUGUUUUGAAAGAUAAGAUUGAAAAAUGGGAAUGUUGGAUUGAUGAAAGAGCUGUUAAUUAUUAA